CGUAAGCAUUCUCUGUGGUUUCAUACAGAUCCGUUGUGAAGUACUCGGUUUCGCUGAGUUCAGCGAAGAAUCGCGUGCAGAGAAUCUCAUGUUGGGCUUGAAAUUUCUCCCAGUUGGAGUCCAGCGUUUUAAUGCGAGCUUCAAGGAUGCCUCGAGUAACGUUGGAUUUGCCCAACUUUCUCGUGUUUUCCGUUGCUCGGGAUACACGGGUUUACUGGAGCUGACCGGAGCACGCACUCACAGACCGUACACGGACGCGGAACCCGAUAUCCGGCUCGAAGGACCAAAAUGUUUGAGCGCGCGCGAUGGUUGGUCAGGAACGGGAGGAUCGGUUUUGUAUCUCGACAGAGUUCUUAUUUUAAUAACAAUAAGUUUAUUUUCACAGAGAGUCUACAAUAAAGUUCUCGAAUAAUCACAGUUCCCGUUUCAGAUUCGCGACAACUUGCUUUACGAGAGACGACGGUGUCUAUUGCGAGCGAGAGCGAACAAGUUCUCCCCCAUUACCGCGCUACAUUUAUUUAUAAGUUCGGAAACGGUGUGACGUCUCAUCCAUCAGACCAAUGGACUCGCUUCCUUUGAAAGAAUUAGCGGUCAUCGCGUAGAGUCGCGUUGCAUAGGGCCGGAGUUCGUUACGUCACGUCUCCACGACGAUUUCCGUGACGGGGUUGGUGGAUGAGGCGUCACGUGAUGGAAGCGCACGUGCUCGGAGCACUCCGCUAUACGGAGUCUGUCCUGAUUGCCGUUGGUUGUUGUCGAUUUCACCGCGUGACUUUUCGACUUUACCUCCGACUCACCAACGACAAACAGAAGGAAUAACAAAUAAUACGGUGUUUUUCCUCUCAUCGAAUUCUCUCGAACAUGUCUCGAGAA